UUCCUUAUCAUCUUGUACCUCACCCCUCGAGCGCGAGGUUGCGGGCUUUGAAAAUUGUUUUACGGUCUCUUCAUAGCAUCUGAAAUACCUUCGUCCUCGUCUUUUUUUCUCUGUCAACGGCGAUUUCUUUGUUGUAUGCCGACAACGUCAAUCUUGAAAUACUGAGGCGCGCGGCGCUUUUUCGCCCCGAAUUUUUUUUUUCCUUUUUUAACUCUUAAUCGCCCAAACAACUCAUCCAUCUACUCUCGCUCCUCCUCCAAACGCUCACCUCGCUUCAGAUUCAUAAUCUAUAAGCAACAUGAAGAACGGCAAGGGUUCUCGAGGUCGCUCGAGUGGUACGGAUCGCGGGGGAAUUCGAAAGCGGGGUGCUCCUACCCGGACCGAUCGAGAUGGUGAUAUGGAUAUGGAUGGAGGUGGUCGCGGCCGUGGUGGAAAGAGAGGCAAAAGCGACUCUGGUCGCCCGACACCUGCUGGAAGACGCCAACCCAACCCGGACAGGACCAUGAAUGCGAUCCAAAAGGCGAUCACUGGUUCGGACUCUCAGGCCAACAUUCGACAAGGCGGUCGAGGCGCUGGUCUGGAACAAGUCUGCAUUCGGGGCUGGAAACAGAGCAAGGCAGCAUCCAACCGUGAUGGCGGUAUCGAAAGCCUGAUCACUUUCCUGGAGAAAAAACUCAGCCCACCCGACUCGAAAUCUGGCCCGCGCGCAAGAAUAACAAAGUCGCGCGUUGAAGGCGAUUCUUUUAUAGCAUCUAUCCGGCCAGAGUUGCUGGAAAGAAUGCUUCAAAUCAAUGGUUAUAGCUUCGCGGGUGCUCCUCUCACGAUCGAAGCGUACGGCAAAUCCGCGAAUGGGAUGACAGACCAGCCCAUGAUCUCGGAAAUCGCGCAAAAUGGCGGCACGCCAUCUACCGCAGAUACAAAGUCCAAGAUGACUACGAUUUUGACCAAGCGUUACUACGAGCAGACGAAACUGCUCGAUCUGUCGAAGCUUGGAACCGAUCCAGAUCUACUGUCGAUGGGAAUCUUCAACAGCACAUCCACCGAAUCGAAAUUUUUCCCGGCACUCAUGAAAGUCUGGGAGAUGAAUUUCAACAGUUCUGCGACAAGGCGAGAGGCUGUUGAGAGUGUCAGUCUCGCGGACAAUCAGCUUGCAAACAUCACGGUGGUUACGACACUUGCCCAAACGAUCCCUGACCUGAAGAAUCUGGACCUUUCAAACAACAACUUCAAGGAUGCCCAGGCUUUGAUUGGGUGGCGGUGGAAGUUUCGAAACCUGGAAUUUCUCGAUUUGACGGGCAACGAUUUCAGUGCCGACCCAGCCUUCAAAGACACUAUGCUCAAGUGGUAUCCGAAAUUGAGAGUUUUGAAUAAUGUCGAAGUCCGGACGGAGGAGGAAUUGGCCGCGCAGAAAAAGACGCCGAUCCCUGUUCAAGCACCAUACUUCCACGACGAAUCUCAAAUCGCGGAAAAUUUUGUUAGGGCCUUCUUCGCAGGCUAUGACACCAACCGUGACGAUCUUUUGAACGGCGUCUACGACACUCAUUCCACAUUUACGCUUAACGUUAACACAACAGCCCCCAGAGCCCAACAAACUGAGACUGCGGGCUGGGAUGCUUACAUCAAAAAGAGCAGAAACCUGCUCAAGAUCAGCCACCUACCAGCCCGUAUGUCUCGUUCAUAUGUUGGUGCAGAGAAGAUUCGGGAGCUAUGGAAUACACUCCCCAAGACACAGCAUCCAGACAUGGCGGCACAUCCCGAGCAAUGGCUCAUCGAAUGCCACCCAAUGCCGGGACUGCCUGACCCAUCUGGACAGAGCGGAACUGGUGUUGGCGGACUUCUCAUCAUGGUGCAUGGAAAAUUUGAUGAGAUGAUUUCUGGGAAGAUCGAAACACGAAGCUUCGACAGAACCUUCAUUCUAGGACCCGGUGGUGGAGCUGGAGGCAUUAGGGUUAUCAGCGACAUCCUUUGUCUGCGAGCGUUCGGAGGAAAUGAAGCAUGGGCCCCGGAAACUCAGCCUGUUCCGCCAGUCCAGGCACCUCAACCAGUUGCUCAACCAGUUGCUCAGCCGGUUGCUCCACCCGCAGCCCCAGAAGGCUAUGGUGUGCCAACCCCUGGGAAACCAGAGGCACAGGUUCAGCAGGAGCAGAUGGUCAUGCAAAUGAGCGCCAAGACGAAUAUGACUCUACAAUAUUCUGAGAUGGCGCUGUCAGGCAAUGGCUGGAAUAUCGAGGUUGCCUUGAAGAACUUUGGGGAAUUAAAGGCGCAAGGAACUCUACCACCAGAUGCUUUCCUUCCUGGAACGGUUUAACAAGCCGUUCUUUUCCCAUUUACCAUCUCGUCUCAUAGCCCCAGCGGAGGGGAGGCGGUGGUGUUUUCGAAGAAAGAAGUUCGAUUUAUCUAGUGCGGUUUGCUAUUGCAUUGCUUGGGCGAAUGGCUGUUACUUUGUUUCUACUGUUGGGCAUUCUUGUUCUAUUUUUUAACACCCAAAUUUCUUUUUUUUAAGCAUCUUACAGACGGAAUUAUCAUGGUCAUGUCAUUAUAGAGGGAUACAAAUAUACCAAAGGCAAUAAAUUCUUCCAAAGAACUCAAUCAUAUUUAUGCGGC